AUGGGUAAAAUUCAUUCUAAAUCUAGUAGAGUUCAGAACAUACCACAAGAUCAAUAUAAACGAAGUUGUUCGCUAGCUUCGAUUAGUUCAUUGGGUUCUUCGAAUACCACUCUCGCAUAUGAAGAUACGAGUUCGAUUAAAUCAUUGGGUUCUUCAAAAUCUGUUAGAUCAUUAGAUUCUUCGAAUGCUACUAUCGCAUGUACUGGAGAUACUAAAUCCACCAUAUAUAUUGGAGAUAUGCAUAUGUAUGGGAAAAACGAAGCGCAAAGAUAUGACGAGUGUGAUAGAUUGAAUGUUAUUCAUUUUUUGAUAAGAAACUUAUGGGAAAGUAACUUCUCUGCGCCAAUUGAAGGUCUGUUAACACAUAGUCAAGCAAAAUCCGAAUUUCAUGGAAUCGAUAUUCUACCACUUUAUCCCCAAUCUAUUAAACCUAAUAACAUCACAUUCUCCAAAUGUAAUAUUCUUCAGCGACUUCCUUAUGAUGAUAAUGUAUUUGAUUAUGUUCAUAUGAGAUUUAUGGGGUCUUCGCUUACUCUCUCUGCUUGGGAAUAUGUUGUCAACGAACUUGUUCGUGUACUAAAACCAGGUGGAUACGUCGAAAUUUGUGAAUUAGAUUGUUACUGGGUCAACGAAGGUCCAAAAGCGAGAAUGUUAAGAUCUCAAAAACUAAUUGGGCAAUUCAACAUUUGCUUAAUCGCAAGUCCCCUCGCCAGAAGGGCUUUACAAGGAAAUGAUCGAUUAACUGAUUUUCACCAAAUGAAAAAAGAUGUCCCUAUGGGUGGUUGGGGAGGAACAUUAGGCGAUAUAUUCUUGGAAAAUGCAAAAUGGUUUGUGAAAAACUUAGGUAAUGCUGUCGAUUCCCUCGGUAUGAGUAACGAAAGAUAUGAGGCCAUAAUUGAUUCGGCUAUAAAUGAAAUAGAAUUAAAAGGAAAUGUUUUUGAUACGAUUCAUAGAUUUUGGGCAAAGAAAUUGUAG